CCGGGAGUCUGGGUCUCGCGAACGCGCCAGGAGCGUCUCGAAGGCGGGAGCGCGCUCGGUAGAUGACAACAAAUUCGUCGCGCAGGGUCGGAGUCUGUCUCGCCUCAGCCGCCAGCCCUCUGUCUGUCCCUCUUACUGUCUCCGGACCGACGGAGCGCUUCGGAAGCUCCCGGCUUGGGGCGCCCGGUUCUGUUCAGCUCCCAGUCCCCGCCGGGCCUAGUGCGAGCGUCGCGACGCGGGCCAUGGGGUUGCCCUGAGGGACAGCAGCGCCGAACCGACAUGCAGCGGCCACCGCGAACCUAGACCCCACCGCGGCUUGGGGACGCCGGCCGGACCCUGAGGCGCUGCCGCUGCCUGGAGCCCAGGUCGGAUCUCCGAGUCGCCGCCGCGAGCAGCCCCGGCCCCCCAGCCGCCAGCCCUCACCAUGCCUUGGCCAUUUUCAGAAUCUAUCAAGAAGAGGGCCUGUCGGUACCUCCUGCAGAGGUACCUGGGCCACUUCUUGCAGGAGAAGCUGAGCCUGGAGCAGCUGAGCCUGGACCUGUACCAGGGCACCGGGUCUCUUGCCCAGGUCCCCUUGGACAAAUGGUGCCUCAAUGAAAUCUUGGAGUCAGCAGAUGCACCGUUAGAAGUCACUGAAGGAUUUAUUCAGUCCAUUUCCCUGUCAGUCCCAUGGGGCUCCUUGCUGCAGGACAACUGUGCACUGGAAGUGAGAGGACUGGAGAUGGUCUUCCGGCCUCGACCUCGAGUAGCAACUGGGUCUGAGCCUAUGUAUUGGUCAAGCUUCAUGACCAGCAGUAUGCAAUUGGCAAAGGAGUGUCUUAGCCAGAAACUGACAGAUGAGCAAGGAGAAGCAUCCCAGCCUUUUGAAGGACUGGAAAAGUUUGCGGAAACCAUCGAAACAGUACUAAGAAGAGUGAAAGUCACUUUUAUAGACACUGUUUUAAGAAUUGAACAUGUGCCAGAAAAUUCCAAAACUGGAGCUGCACUUGAAAUCCGCGUAGACAGAACUGUGUACUGUGACGAAACAGCCGACGAGUCCUCAGGAGUCAAUGUGCAUCAGCCCACAGCUUUUGCUCAUAAAUUGCUGCAGCUCUCUGGAGUGUCUCUGUUCUGGGAUGAAUUUUCUGCUUCAGCAAAAUCUUCCCCCGUGUGUUCAACUGCACCAGUGGAAACUGAGCCAAAGCUGUCACCUAGCUGGAACCCCAAAAUUGUUUAUGAGCCACACCCACAACUAACUAGAACAUUACCAGAGAUAGCGCCCUUGGAUCCAGUGCAGAUUGGAAGGCUACUGGGCAAGCUGGAGUUGAGUCUCACUUUAAAACAGAAUGAAGUGCUUCCAGGAGCCAAGUUGGAUGUUGAUGGACAGAUAGACUCCUUUCAUCUAUUCCUGUCACCAAGGCAGGUACACCUCCUUCUGGAUAUGUUAGCAGCUAUUGCUGGACCAGAAAAUUCUAGCAAAAUAGGGCUAGCUAAUAAAGACAGGAAAAAUCGACCCAUGCAGCAGGAAGAUGAGUACCGAAUUCAGAUGGAAUUAAACCGGUAUUAUCUGAGGAAAGAUUCCCUCUCUAUGGGUGUGUCUUCAGAGAAGAGCUUCUAUGAGACAGAAGCAGCUCGCACGCCUUCUAGCCGCGAAGAAGAGGUUUUCUUCUCCAUGGCUGACAUGGACAUGUCUCACAGUCUGUCCUCUCUCCCACCCCUUGGGGACCCACCACACAUGGACCUGGAGCUCUCGCUGACUAGUACUUACACCAACACACCUGCAGGAUCUCCGCUAAGUGCUACUGUGCUUCAGCCAACUUGGGGAGAAUUUGCCGACCACAAAGAACAGCCAGUAAGAGGGCCAGCAUUCCAACCUGACAUGGUCCACCCGGCAUCUGUACAAAAAGCUGCUCUCCCCUCUAGGUCUGUUUCAGUGGAUGAAUCCAGACCGGAGUUUAUCUGCAGGUUGGCUAUCGGCAUAUUCUCGGUCUCUGUGCUUCACAUCGAUCCUCUGUCUCCAGCGGAAACAUCUCUGAACGUCAAUCCAUUGACACGCAUGGCCAUCGAUUUCUUCUCUUGUAUAGAAAAGAUGGACCCAGCAAUAUUUUCGACGGGAGAUUUUAAAUCUUUCCGAGUGGUCUUUGCUGAAGCUUGUUCACACGAUCACCUUAGAUUUAUAGGCACUGGCAUCAAAGUGUCCUAUGAGCAGAGACAAAGGUCAGCUUCCCGGCACUUUAGCACCGACAUGUCCGUGGGGCGAAUGGAGUUUUUGGAGUGUCUGUUUCCUACGGAUUGUCAUUCUGUCCCUCCUCACUACACAGAGCUUCUAACGUUCCAUUCCAAGGAAGGGACUGAUGCCCACCUUCCUGUGUGUCUCCAGCUUCACUAUAAACACUCUGAGACUAGAGGAUCCCAGGGUAAUCAAGCAAGACUUAGUUCAGUUCCUCAAAAGGCAGACUUACAAAUUAAAUUAAACCCUGUGUGUUGCGAGCUGGAUAUCAGUAUUGUGGAUAGGUUAAAUUCCUUGCUUCAACCGCAGAAACUCACUACAGUGGAGAUGAUGGCCUCACACAUGUAUGCUUCCUAUAACAAGCAUAUUAGUUUGCACAAGGCUUUCACGGAAGUGUUCCUGGAUGACUCGCACAGUCCCGCAAACCGUCGAGUGUCGGUACAAGUUGCCACCCCAGCACUGCACCUGUCUGUUCGCUUCCCUAUUCCCGAUCUUCGUUCAGACCAGGAAAGAGGACCCUGGUUUAAGAAGUCACUUCAGAAGGAGACCCUUCAUUUAGAAUUUACAGAUCUGGAGUCUAAGACGGAGUUCGUGGGAGGAUCCACCCCAGAACAAACGAAACUGGAACUGACUUUCCGAGAGCUAUCUGGGUCAUUCCAGGAGGAGAAGGGAGGGCCGUCUGUCAAGUUUUUUCAUGUGUCUGGUGGAGUAGAUGGAGACACAGCAUCGUCAGAUGACUUCGACUGGCCGCGAAUGGUACUGAAAAUAAAUCCACCGGCCAUACAUUCCAUUUUGGAGAGAAUAGCAGCUGAGGAAGAGGAAGAGAAUGAUGGUCACUACCAGGAGGAGGAGGAAGGAGGGGCUCAUUCCCUGAAAGAUGUCUGCGACCUGAGGCGGCCAGCCCCGUCUCCCUUUUCCUCUCGUAGAGUAAUGUUUGAGAAUGAGCAGAUGGUGAUGCCGGGAGACCCUGUGGAGAUGACAGAGUUUCAGGAUAAAGCCAUCAGCAAUUCACACUAUGUGCUGGAGCUUCUGCUACCCAACAUCCACCUGACACUGCCCAGCAAAAGCUUCUACGAGAAGCUCUACAACAGGAUCUUCAAUGACUUGCUUCUCUGGGAGCCAACCGCUCCUUCACCAGUGGAGACUCUUGAAAAUGCUUCCUAUGGCAUUGGGCUCUCCGUGGCCAGUCAGCUGAUAAACACCUUCAACAAAGACAGCUUCAGUCCCUUUAAGUCUGCUGUUCACUAUGAUGAAGACAGUGGAUCUGAAGAAGAGACUUUGCAGUAUUUUUCUGCUGUUGAUCCCAACUAUCGUUCCCGUAGGAAAAAAAAGUUGGACUCUCAGAACAAGAACUCUCAGAGCUUCCUCUCAGUGCUUCUGAGUAUCAAUCAUGGACUAAUGGCAGUGUUCACUGAUGUAAAGCAAGAUAAUGGAGAUCUGAUGGAAAGUAAGCAUGGUGAAUUCUGGUUAGAAUUCAAUAGCGGCUCGUUCUUCUGCGUGACGAAGUAUGAGGGCUUUGAUGACAAGCACUACAUCUGCUUGCAUUCCAGCAGCCUCAGGCUGUACCACAAAGGCAUAGUAGAUGGAGCCAUUCUCCCUACAGAGACGCGCUUGCCAUCUUCCACCCGGCCACACUGGCUGGAACCUACCAUUUAUUCCUCUGAAGAAGAUGGCCUUAGCCGAGCUGCCUCAGAUGGAGUUGGGGGAGACAAUUUGAAUAUGCUGUCAGUCGCAGUGAAGAUACUAUCUGAUAAAUCCGAGUCCAACACAAAGGAGUUCCUCGUGGCUGUGGGGCUAAAAGGAGCCACUCUACAGCACAGGGUGCUGCCUGCCGGACUCAGUUGGCACGAGCAGAUUUUAAACUUCUUGAAUAUUGCUGAUGAACCUGUUUUGGGAUAUAACCCUCCAACUUCAUUUACAACUUUCCAUGUCCAUCUUUGGAGCUGUGCCCUUGAUUACAGGCCCCUUCACCUGCCAAUCCGAUCCCUUCUUACUGUUGAGACGUUCAGCAUUUCUAGCAGCGUUGCAGUGGAUAGAUCUUCCUCCACUCUCAGAAUCAUCAUGGAUGAGGCUGCUUUACACCUGUCGGACAAGUGUAACACUGUCACUAUAAACCUGAAUAGAGAUUAUGUUCGUGUGAUGGACAUGGGACUUUUAGAGCUCACCAUAACUGCAGUAAAAUCAGAUUCUGAUGGAGAACAGACUGAGCCCCGCUUUGAGUUGCACUGCUCCAGCGACGUUGUCCACAUUAGAACAUGCUCAGACUCGUGCGCUGCGCUGAUGAAUCUCAUUCAGUAUGUCGCAAGUUACGGGGACCUACAUGCACCUCACAAAGCAGAGAUGAAAUCUGGAGUCCCACAGAGAAAGCCCAAGGUAGAUUCCAGCGCUCGGUCAUCUUCACAUGGUCCAGUGCUUCCUGAAGCCGAUCAGCAGAUUUUACGGGACUUGAUGAGUGAUGCCAUGGAGGAGGUUGAUCUGCAGCAGGCCUCUGCCCCCGUCGGACCACAGGCUAAUGGUGUCCUGGAUGAAAAGUCUCAUACUCAGGAGCCGUGCUGCUCAGACCUCUUCCUGUUCCCAGAUGAGAGUGGGAAUGUGUCCCAGGAGUCCAGCCCUGCCUAUCCGUCACUCACUCACCACUUGAUCAAUGACACGGUGACAGGUGCGACCGCUGAAAACGAUGACUUCUGUAUUCUUUUUGCACCAAAAGCAGCCGUCCAGGAGAAGGAAGAAGAGCCAGUGAUAAAAAUCAUGGUUGACGAUGCCAUUGUGAUAAAAGAUGACUAUUUCAGUCUGCCCAUCACGAGGACGGACAGCAGCAAAGCGCCGCUCCACUUUCCCAUCCCUGCCAUCCGCUAUGUUGUUAAAGAGGUUUCCCUGGUGUGGCACCUUUAUGGGGGCAAGGACUUUGCAACAGCUCCUCCAGCUUCUCCAGCUAAGAGUUACGUUAGUCCCCAUAGCUCACCUUCUCAAACACCUACAAGACAAGGACGUCACACAGUCUAUGGGGGCAAAGGAAGGAACCAUGACUUUUUAAUGGAAAUACAGUUAAGCAAGGUGAAGUUUCAGCAUGAAGUCUACCCUCCAUGCAAGCCUGAGUGCGAGUCCAGCCUCUUAGAACACCCAGUCUCCAGGCAGGUGUUCAUUGUUCAGGAUCUUGAAAUUCGAGAUCGGCUGGCGACAUCACAGAUGAAUAAGUUUUUAUACCUGUAUUGCAGCAAAGACAUGCCUCGUAAAGCUCAUUCCAACAUGCUGACAAUUAAAGCAUUGCACGUACGUCCGGAGUCUGGCAGGUCCCCACAGGAAUGCUGCUUGAGAGUGUCCCUGAUGCCUCUUCGCCUCAAUAUUGACCAGGACGCCUUGUUCUUCCUCAAGGAUUUCUUCACAAGUCUUUGUACAGAAGUGGAGCUUCUCCUGACUCCAGAUCCAGAAGUUACAAAGUCUCCUGGAGCUGAUGUCACCUGCAGUUUGCCAAGGCAUUUGAGUACCUCAAAGGAGCCAAACCUAGUUGUUUCUUUUCCUGGGCCAAAACAAUCUUCCCCAAACCAUAGUGCCAAUCCAGUGGAGGACGGUAAUGGACUGGAGGAGGACUUCUCAGCUGAGGAAGCUUCAUUUAGUGACCAGCCUGUGUUUUUCAGAGAAUUCAGAUUCACAGCAGAAGUUCCUAUUCGGCUUGACUAUCACGGCAAACAUGUGUCAAUGGAUCAGGGUACAUUGGCUGGGAUUUUGAUUGGCCUGGCCCAGUUGAACUGUUCAGAGCUAAAGCUGAAGAGGCUCUUCUAUCGGCAUGGUUUGCUAGGUAUUGACAAAUUGUUCUCAUAUGCAAUCACGGAAUGGCUCAGUGACAUUAAGAAGAACCAGCUACCAGGACUCCUGGGAGGUGUUGGCCCUAUGCAUUCACUAGUCCAAUUAGUGCAAGGCCUGAAGGACUUGGUAUGGCUGCCCAUUGAGCAAUACCGGAAGGAUGGCCGCAUCGUCAGAGGCUUCCAGAGAGGCGCUGCUUCCUUCGGUACCUCAACUGCAAUGGCUGCCCUAGAACUCACAAACAGAAUGGUCCAAACCAUACAGGCAGCUGCAGAGACUGCGUAUGACAUGGUGUCUCCGAGUACCCUCUCCCUUGAGCCCAAGAAGGCAAAGAGAUUUCCUCAUCACCGGUUAGCCCACCAGCCCGUAGACCUGAGGGAAGGUGUGGCCAAGGCUUACAGCGUUGUAAAAGAGGGAAUCACAGAUACAGCCCAGACCAUCUAUGAAACAGCGGCUCGAGAGCACGAGAGCAGAGGGGUCACUGGUGCUGUGGGUGAAGUCCUACGGCAGAUUCCACCGGCAGUGGUCAAACCCCUAAUUGUAGCCACUGAAGCGACAUCAAACGUAUUAGGUGGCAUGAGAAACCAAAUUAGACCAGAUGUUCGGCAGGAUGAAUCACAGAAAUGGCGCCACGGAGAGGACUGAUCUUGCAGUGUGACUGCACACACUGUGUGAAGCUGAGGGCAGGGGCCUAGUGACAGCUUCAUAGGAAACUAGUUCAAUUUAUGUGCUCAUCUCAGGAACAAAAGCAGUUCUUAGUAAAAUAAUUUAAUGUCAAAACAACACACAGCCAAAAACUUGUGACAUUUUAGGCCCUGGCACUUGCCUGAAGGAGUGUCUGGUGGCUAGUGUCACAGUCACUAGAGAUUUGCUGCCAUGUUGAAUGCUUGCUUUCAUUAAAGUGACUAUAAUUGUAUUUGUUAUGGACAAGAGCUCAUUGGGAAUGUGUUUGUAAACAGUGUUGAGUGCUUAAAGAAAGGGGAGCACUCUUGAGGCACUGGGGAACACUCGUCAUAGUUCUAGGGAGUUGAUUUUUCAGCUCACAAUGAUAGAACCACCGGGAAAGCAGAGCAGCUAGGGCUCCAGUGUCAGGGAGAGUAAGGCCUCUCCUCCUUCAGGGCUGCUGCUCGGUCACCUGGAGAAAGAGAGUGUCACCAAUGAAAUAAAGUGCUGUGUUGCACUCUAUCUUCUGUGUGCGUGCCUGUCUGUGUGUGUGUGUGUGUGUGCGCGCGCACGCGCGUGUGCAAUAUGACACAAGUUAUGCUGUGUUCUUUGUGUCAUUUAUAAGGUUAUGUAAAUACGAUGUGAAGUGAAGAUGUCUCGGAGUUUUUGAUAAGGGAAGGUGACCCUAGUGUAAGUUUCUGUAUCCUAAAUGCAAGUGAGAAUGUGAGCUCUGUUGUGGACUGGGCCCACACAUGCUUAUGUGUCCAUUGUUUAGUACUCAGUGCAGACUGUAGUGUCAAGGACAUUGGAGGGGCUUUAUUCUUAGAACGAUAAAUAAAUAUACUCCAAGUAUAUUCUAGUCGACUAAUUCAAAGUACCAUUUUUACUUGGUUAAUAAUGUACAUUUUGAUAACCUGUUGGGAAUGAAUAAAGUAUUUUUAUUUAAAGGUAA